CACACACUCAUCCAUCCAACUCUGCCUCUCCUGCCCAAUUCAACGUUUACCCCGUUGACACAUUCAGCAAUGGCCUCAUCACCUCUUGGAUCUUUCGACCCUUUCGCCACCCACCCCUUCACCAACGGCUCUGGCAUCAUCCCACAAGCGCCCUACCCAUCCCAGUACCCUAUGCAAUUCGCGUCUGCCCAACGCCAAAGCCAAACCUACUAUCCCUCUUCUCCCCCGACGCAUUACUCUUCCUACGCACCCUCGUCAACGAGUAGCGGCGCGUCAACGCCCUCCACAUCACCCUCGACGCCUCUCUACUCUCCCCGGCCCCACCGCGCCUCUCCAUCCAACGCCAAACCCAUCUUCGUCCCCUUCCAGCGUAGCGAUGCGUCCUCGCCAGAACUGGUGCUCAAGAAGAAAGUUCCCUACAUGACCAACACCAUGGUUGUCGGGAAGUAGUCGGGGUAUCCUUCCCCGCACUCUCGACGGAAACACCUCUGUCGAAAGUGUUUGUUAUCUGUGAUCUUCGCUUUCGGGCUAGCCCAUCUUUAUGCAUCACCCUAUCUAUUUUCUGCGCGUGACGACCGACACCGAUUGACCAUGAUUGCCAUGGAUGUCGGUUUGCUCACCGCGGUCAGAAUGACUGCUGUGAUCCAUACCCAUCCUCACUGCUUCUACCGACCACCAACCCCAACCACCUCGCCACUCACCCACACACCCGUUCCCAUCGACCCACUAGCCAAGGAAGAAUUUUUUCUAGCUCAUGUUCUGAAUGUGGAGAGCCGCUGAGCAACGCAUGGGCACCUUCCGGUAUACGCAUGGUCGGGGGUCCUCACACCAUGGCACGGCGGGAUCGCAAUCAACAGAUUUUGCCGACGUGACCAUGCCGACGCAUUUGUCAGGCUGCUUUCCAUGCCGGGUGACUACAUAAACUCGGAUCUACCGAGACCACAGAACUGUUCGUCGCCGAGGGAUGGUUUUCACCGUUCCGCGUAGGCCAUCCCCUCAUCCAAGUACCCUCUCCGG